AUGGGGAAUUAGGUUUUAUGUUAAAGCGAUAGAACUGAAUCAAUGUUGAGGGCUGAGUUCCAGAUUCGAUAAAGGAAGGUUACUUAAGUGAAUGAGGCAGUUAAGCUAGACUUAGAAUAAGAUCAUAAAGAAUCAUUAAUACCUACGCAAUAUCAGAAUGAACAAUAGAAGACGUCAUGUCUUCUUAAUUGGUUAGAGAGUCUCCAUGAAUCUGUGUUGAUAACUUAAAUAAAUUUAAAUUGUGAUGCUUCCACCAAAUUCUUGUCUGAAAUUGAUGAAGAGGAGGAGCAAGAUUAAACCAAGUAAUCACUCAUUGAAUCAUAAGAAAUAUUCGAAUAUAAGAAGAGCUACGAUUAUUGUAAUUCAAAUUUGGACAUGGUAAUCAUAAAUUUCUAUAUCUUAAAAAAAAAUGAAUUCAAAAUUAAAUUAAUUAUGGGGCCUCCCAAAUAACGUAUAAGAUGGUCCUGUUGGCAAUUGAUGGCAUACACUCCCAAAUUCCAAAUAUGUUCGGAUGGACUAUCUUUUUUAGAAGAAGAUUAGAAAUAUGCUAAAGCAAUUCGAAAGGACAUUCACAGAACAGUAACAUCAAGUGACAUUAAAUAUUUCGAAACUGGAGAUGGUUAAAAAGAUUUAGAGAGGGUUUUGUUGAAAUUAUCAAAGUUAUUUCCCAAACUUGGUUAUUGUUAAGGAAUGAACUUCUUGGUGGGAUUCACCUUAAUCAUAAACAACAAAUAGAUCGAUCAAAGCUUACAAUUUUUGGCAUAGAUGAUGGUGAAUCCCAAAUUUAUGCUCUAUUACAUUUAUUAAGAUGAAAUGCCUUUAGUGAAACUAUUGGAAUUUAUCUGCAUAAACGAAAUAAAAUUCAAAGUUCCUGAUUUAUUCAACCACAUCUAUCAUAAAUUGGAGGUCUAGAAUGCAAUCUGGAUUACCAAAUUAAUAAUGACACUCUUUCUAUAUAAUUUUCAUAUUAAUAAUGUAUGUAGAUUUUGGGAUUAUUUGUUGGCCACAAGCAUUUUUGAUAUUUCGGACAUCAUUUGUUCUUUGAUUGAUCUCAACAGGAAUUUAAUACUAAGCAUGGAAGACUUGCAUUAGUUUAUCGAGUGGUUUGACUCCUUUCAGAAGAAGGAAAUAGAUAAACCCUAAAUUGAUAAACUAAUUAAGAAUUGCAAUUAAUUUAAAUAAAAGAAGAAUAAGAUAAAUUAGUAUGCUCUUCAUUUUUGUAUGCAGCAUCCUAUGAGACACCCUUUACUACAAUAAAUAGCUGAAAAUUACGAAAACUAAAGUAAGAUGAAGGAAUUCAUCAAAAAAGAUAUUUUUAGUUGUUGA